UACAACUGCACUGCGCCUGCGCCGUAAAAUCAACUCCGAGUGGCUCACCACGGCCUCCAUUUUGCAGUAUUUUGCAAGCUAGCUGCUCCCGUUCGUCGUGCAGCAUCAGUAGAUACCGUGCAUUGAAAAGGAUUAUUGCAAAGGGGAAGAGAUAUUUUUCACGGACAAAACGAUGGCUGACCCAUCCGCAGACGUGAAGGUUCCGGAGGGCGCAGAGGUCCGAAAACUGUCGGAGCUGAGGGUUAUCGACCUGAAGGCCGAGCUGAAGAAACGAAACCUGGACAUCACGGGCGUCAAAAGCGUGCUGUCCGAGCGCCUCAAAAAGGCAAUCGAGGAAGAGGGUGGAAAUCCUGACGAGAUAAUUCUCGCUCCGGAGUCGACCCCAAAGAAAUCUAACGUGACACCGAAACGGCCUUCCAAAGAUACAAGACAAGAGAAUGAUGAACCAGAGGACAGUACAAUCGAGGAGGAUUCUCACUAUGGCCAGGAAGAGCCUCAGGAUGAUCAUGAGAACAUGCAGGAAAUGGACAUCCUUGACAUGAGCGUUCUGGAUGAGACGGAGAAUGACAACGGGAUACCGGCCGAGGAUGAUGAUGAGGAUGAAGCCGGGAAUUGUCACUCUGAUGAAGAUGCGCUGUUGAAUGAAGCGCAUGAUGAAGAUGCGCUGUUGAAUGAAGAACAUGGCGAAGACUCACAGUUGAGUGAACAACAUGACAACAAGAUCCUCGAGUCAGAAGAUGAAGCAAGAGGCCCAGAGAUGGAGUCUGAGAUGUUAGAUAAGACUGAACAAAUACCAGGCUCAUCCAUCAAUAAGGCUCAGGAUCCAGAUGCAGAUGACGUGCAAGAAGUAACAGAAAAUGACAAAGUAGCCGGCUCUUGUUUAUCUGAGCCACUUAACGAAGAUCACCACCAGAGCCUCGAGACGAGCCCUGAAGAAGAGCAAGCUGCCACCGCCGGAGGGGAAGACAAUGUGUCCAACACCGGUGCCAAGUCCGAGAACCUCGCCUCUGGAGACGUGGAGAGCGCCAUGGAUGUUGUUGAGACUCGCACCAAAGAGGUUGGGGAUACCCAGAAUGCCCCAGAAGAGACAUUUGACGCUGAAAACAAAAGCUCGCAGGCUGUUAGUGUAAGCGAACAAGGCGCUGUGGGUGAAACUGUUGAUUCAGAAAUGGGGUCUAAGAAGGGGGAGGAGGAUGAGAAGACAGAAGAGAAAGCUGCUGCGGACUCAGCCUCCACAGUGAAAGAGUCCUCUUCUGUAGAGGGCGAUGAUCAGAAAAAGAGCCCUGAGGAGAAAGAUGGCAAGACUGAGUCAAAAGAUGAGAAGGCCGCUGGAAAUGCUGCAGCAAGCAGUAGCAGGAAUCUGUGGGUCAGUGGUCUGUCUUCCACUACUAGAGCGACUGAUCUGAAGACUCUCUUCAGCAAAUAUGGCAAGGUUGUUGGUGCUAAGGUGGUGACCAACGCCAAGAGCCCCGGGGCUCGCUGCUAUGGUUUUGUCACCAUGUCUUCAACAGAGGAGGCCACCAAGUGUAUCAGCCACCUCAACAGGACUGAGCUGCAUGGCAGGAUGAUCUCUGUGGAGCGGGCUAAAAAUGAGCCUGUGGGGAAGAAGCCAGUGGACAAGAAUGACCCCAAGAAGUCUGGCGGUGACAGGAGACACUCCUCUGACUCCAAAUCUGAAUCAAAGGAUGAAAAGUCUGAGGGAGACGGAAAAGAUGGCAAAGGGCGUAAUGAGAGGACUGUAAUUAUGGACAAAUCCAAAGGAGAGCCUGUCAUCAGUGUCAAAGCCAAAAGCAAGGAACGGGAAACUAAAAGCCGGGACCGCAAGUCACCCAGUAAGGAGAAGAAAGAAAUCUUGUCGUUCGACCAGAUCAAGGAGCAGAGAGAGAAGGAGAGGCAGAGACAACGAGAGCGAGAGGUCAGAGAGGUGGAGAGACGCAGAUUCACCGACCGGGGCGACCGGGACAACCGUGACAACCGCCCGGACCGCGAGCGCGAGCGAAUCCGUCUGUUCCGAGAGAAAGAAGAGAGGAAACAUUUGAUCCGGAAGAGAAACUGGCUGGAGGCUGAGAAGGAGCGCCUCGACGCGGACCGCAUGGAGCGUCAGUUCUUGGAGCGGGAAAGGCUUCGCAUAGAGUACGAGAGGCGGCGCGAGCAGGAAAGGAUCCUCAGGGAGCGCGACGAGCUGCGUCGGCAGCAGGAGCAGCUGCGUUUUGAACAGGACCGCCGCUCUGUUAAAAGGCCCUAUGAUGCAGAUGGCAGGAAAGACGACUGGCCUGAAAAGCGCAUGACCACUGAUGACCGCUACAGCCGUUCAGACUUCGGUCGUCAGGAACGUUAUCAGGACUUUGACCACAGAGACCGGGGCCGUUACCAAGACGACCUGAUGAUAGACAGGCGAGACAACACUCGUAGCGUCGCUACAGACCGAGACAGUCAGCACUUCUCAGACAGGUCAGAGAGACAUGGCAGAGAAGGCCGAGACUCCUGGACUGGAGGCUGUGACAAACGUGUCAACCCUAGGGAAGGAGGUCGAGACUGGGACUCUAGUCGGAAAAUAGAUGGCGAUAGAACAUGGCAAAGUAGAGACGGAGCUAUCCCAGGCCAGAGCCACAUAGCUCGUGGAGGACUGGCAAGCCGUGGAAACUACAUGAACACAGGAACGUCUCAGUCCCUGUCCGGAGCGCUCAACAGGCAGAACCAGCUGAUGCAGGGCAGCGGCCUGCAGGGCGGAGCCUUUGGCCGACGCUACUGAUGUCCGUCUGACAAUAGUGGGACUGUAAAGGAGGUCGUAUGAGGAUGGAUGUGACCAUUUUUUUUUGUACAUUUUUAUUUUAUUUUUUAAAACCAGGAAUUCUUUUUUGACACGAUUCCAAUCAAUUUUUUUUGAUGGAGAACUUUAUUUUUCUCUUUGCUUCUCCUUUCUUUUUGUUGUGUGCGUGUUGUAGUAAUCUCCUGCCUUGUAUUUACCAUUCAGUCCAAGUGUUGGUACAACACGAGAAUGUGUUGUACAGCAUCCCACCUGCUGUGGUGGAGUCACGUCUGAGCUCUGUGUUGUGAAUUAAGAUGUUUCCUAGACACCCGGGUCAAUGGACCUAACCUCACCAGUCUUCUCUCUGUAGCCCAGUUUGUCUGAAUUAUUGUGGAUGUUUUCCAUUCUCGUUAAAUGAGCCUUUGUUGCAAUUCAUUUCUCCAUAGCUUGAGGCUCUUUUUUGACUUUCUUUUUAAAACGGAUGUUUGGAGUCGUGCCGAUGAGUAAAAUGUUUUUUAAAGUAAAUUCAUUCAGUCUUAUUAUCCCUUACAUUCUAAAAUACAUCGGCCCUUUUUUUUUUUUUUUUUGUGCGAUUGUUGAAUAAUGGUAAUAAAGGCCCCGCAGGAUUCUGUUCACAAACUAUUGAUUAAGAUCUGUUAUAAAAUCUAAAUCUUACAAUUUAAUGUAUUAUGUUUCAGCCUAUGUUUUCUGUAACUCAAAUGUGUUUGUUUGUUUUUCAUAAAAGUGUUAUAUUUA